AGGCAGAAAUGGACCGCAGCGAGCAAGGUCUGCUGAGAACAGACCCAGUACCUGAGGAGGGAGAAGAUGUUGCCGCCACGAUCGGUGCUGCCGAGACACUGACAGAGGAGGAGCGAGAGGAGCUGAGGAGAGAACUUGCAAAGGUGGAAGAAGAAAUCCAGACUCUGUCUCAAGUGUUAGCAGCAAAAGAGAAGCACCUAGCGGAGAUCAAGCGGAAACUUGUGAUCAAUUCACUACAGGAACUAAAACAGAACAUUGCCAAAGGGUGGCAAGAUGUGACAGCUACAUCUGCGUACAAGAAGACCUCUGAAACCUUAUCUCAGGCCGGACAGAAGGCUUCAGCUGCUUUUUCGUCUGUUAGCUCUGUCAUCACCAAAAAGCUGGAAGAUGUGAAAAACUCUCCAACUUUCAAAUCAUUUGAAGAAAAGGUCGAAAACUUAAAGUCUAAAGUUGGGGGAAACAAGCCUGCUGGUGGUGAUUUCGGAGAAGUCUUGAAUUCGACUGCAAGUGCUAGUGCCACCAGCACGGAGCCUCUUCCAGAGCAGACACAGGAGAGCCUGUGAGCCGCCCUCCUUUGUUCUGCUACUCACUGCCAGAUGCUGCAAGCGAGAUCCAAGCACAUCUUGUCAACAUUCAUUGCCAUGAACUUCCACCAGAUGUGCUUUCGUUGAGCUUUACAUAUUCCUUUGACCAAAUAGCUUGUGGGUUGAACAAUGUAAAAGCAUCUUCACUCCUAUUCCUGGGAAACACCCUUUAAUGUGCAUUUCAGGCCCUUUAUUUAGGAAAUAUCACAAUGAAAACACAUCUAGUACCUGGUGAUCCUCACUAGAAUGAUCUAAGAAGCUGUGGGUUAUCAUAAUUACUUACACAAUUGCUCUGGGUGUGGGCUACCAGUUUGAUCUUUGUCUUCUAUACAGGUUUCUGUUUUUCCUCUUUGUAUAUUUGAUUUCUAGAUUAGACUGUUCUUUAAAAUGAUCUGCAUCCUGGUUAUUUAAAAAGUUUUGGCGAAAUGUUCUUUACCUCCAAGGGAAGAACUAUCAGCUACACAAAAUAUUUUUGAAUAUCGUUUGGGGAUAAAGUAUCUUAUAUCUUGGGUGCCUGAAGACACCAGACUAAAGAAAUCCACUCUGUAUUCAGUUUCUUAUAGUUUUGUAAGUGACAUUAUGUACAGUAAUUCCAAAUCCUAGGUGACCUGAGAGUGGAGCCCUUUGUUUAUCACCAUCUGUGACAGUAACCAUUUGAGUGCCAUGGUUAUUAUGCCACUUAUAGCUACUUACUUUUCACCAGAUUAAAAUUUUAGUUUUGGAGGAACUUAUAAGGUAACAUUCUAAAUCAAGCAUAUUGUAUUAUCAAUAGGUUGAAAUUUGAACACUGUCCUCAAACAUUCAGUUCCAAAGCCUGAAAGUUUUUUUAGAUCUAGGUAGCUGAAAAGUGCUAAAAUCAAUCACAUUAGGGGAAACUCUGUCUUCAUUUAAUUCACUUAGCAGCAUUUAAAAUAAGCACACCAAGUUAUAUGACUAAUAUAACUUGAAAAAAUUUUAUACUAAGGGGUUGGUGAUAACUCCUGAGGAUUUCAUGCAUUAAUAAAAAUUAACUCAUCA